GCACCUUCCAGUCAAGCAGACAUGGCAGGCAAAGUCAGCACCGGCGUCUUGCGCAAGGAAUGGAAGAAGUACUUCCUGGCCUUCAAUGGCGUGGUCGUUGGCAUCCCUCUCGCCACCGGUGGGUACUUUGUGCACAAUCUCCGCAACGAUGAGCGUUUCCGCGAGCACUUUCACGACAAAUACCCCGAGUUGGUGGACGCAAUUCACGAGUACAUCCCUGUCUUCCCCGAAGCGGCCCCGCGCGACGACAUUGGCGAGUCUGAUGCUGCCAUCUUCAAGCAACCCGUGCAUGCUAAGGUGCAUCUCAAGUCUGGCAAGUCCAUCGUGUUUCAUGUCCCGUUCGACUCGUCGAUCGCCGACGUCCACAAGCUCGCCCUGACGUCCAACCCCACCGAUCAAGUCGUGAAAGUUGACUUUCAAGAUGAUGACGUGACGGAAGCACCCGCGAAACCAGCCGCGACCAAGGUAGCAGCACCAGCGCACGUCGGCGGCGGCCCUGCGUCGACGUGGCCCACGACAUACACCCCGCGGAACCAGAGAGCACCUUCCACCAACUCCUCAAGUGCCAUCCACAACGAGUUGCGUGCCGUCCGCGCCAAAGAGACGGCGUUGCGAGCGGAGCUGCGCAAGGGCGAUCGAGAAAUCGACGCUAUCAAAGCCGACCUGCGCACGACCGAAGAGCUCAAGGUCCAAUUGAAGGCUCAGUUGCCGCACAAACGAUUUCUGGGGCUGUUUUAAUAGAUAACACGUUGUUAGCAACGUAAAUGUACCGUGAGUGGCUGCG